AUGUCGGCCGCUCAUCAAAAUUGUCUUCAGUGCAAAGACCUUCAGGAAAAUCUCAAUGAGGUAAGUUGACAAACUAUUCUUAGUACACGGUCUCCAGAGCUGACAAUAUGGGCGUGGCCUCGGCGGCCAAAUGGCGUUUUCAUGAAUUCAGCAGGUUUUCUCUGAUUUUUGUGGUCAACGGCGAUGAAAAAUGAUUGUUCGACAUGAAAAAACACUAAUGCUCAGAAUUAAUGACGUUUUUGCGCAUUUUUCGCGGACUUUGCUUUUUCGCCUUCGCCGCCGAUCGCCGCCUAAAAACCGCACUUCUCAUUUUGCGCUUUCUCGACCGUUUUCAGACAGAAUUGGUUUUCAGAAUGAUAAAUCACGUAAAUACAAGCAUUUCGAGCACUCGAACCGCGAAAACUACCGAAAAGCAACUGAAAUUCGCGCAGUUUUAGCCAAAAACCUUCAAACUUGACCAAAUUUAACGCUCUUGCGCUUAAAAAAUUCGUAAUAGCCUAUACAAUCGGUCUAUCGAGAGAAAAAUGAGAGAUUAUCGGUUUUUCGUGGCUAAUCUGGCAAAAAACACAAAUUUUGCUGUUAAAAUUUGAAUUUCGCGCCAAUGUAUCGUUCUAUUGGGCGGGGCGCACUUGCGCCCAUUGUCAGCUCUGGAGGCCGUGUUAGUGUUCAUUUUACCAGGUGUUUUUUAUCUAUAACUGUGCUCUUUUUUCCAGAUAACAAAAUCAAUGCUGGCCAAGAUUGCGCUUCUUGAAGCACAAGUGGAGGAGCUCAGCAAACGCGUAUCGUCUGACGCUUCUCCGGAAGAUUCGAAAGUUCUGGAGGCGACUACAACGGUUUUCGCCGCUAGCCCAUCUGGAAGCAGCGAAAAGCAGGCCAGAUGCACCAAUUGUCAAACCGAGAAGACGUCCGCCUGGAGACGUGACCAUCUCCGCAACCUGUUGUGCAAUUCGUGUGGACUCUACGCGAAGAAUCACGGGAUUCCACGACCGAUUCAUAUGCGAAAUGACAACAUUCGGCCACGUGUCAGACGAAGCAAGGUGAAGAAGAUGGAGGCUGACAGCGAGCAGCCCGGUUCGGACUUUUUGACGACGUUGUUGGGUGGAUUCCCGUUGAUAGAUCCACUCAUGGCGUCGAGCAGCAACGCGGAAAAUGUGCCAGAAGUCGAGGAGACGAAGCCAAUGGUCGCGGCCUCGUUCUUGGAGAAUUUCUUCAAGAUCCCAGGAACUCUUGACUAA